AUGACUAUCCUGAAUACUACCAGAAGAUGGUCGGAUGGUAUUUUGGACAGAUACAGCGAGGCGUACAGUAUGGUUCAUGGAUACGUUAGCCUCGUCAUAUGUGCGAUUGGAAUACCUCUAAAUUUAUUAAAUAUCGUUGUCCUUACAAGAAAGAACAUGCAAACACCCAUAAACUGCAUGCUAACCUGGCUGGCAGUUUUUGACAUGGCCACCAUGGUGUCGUACGUCCCGUUUGCAGUACAUUUCUACUGCGAGUACCCAGCGAAUUCCAUUUCACCGCAGAAAAACAGUUGGGCCUGGAUGAACUUUUUGUUGGUAUAUCUCAACGUCUCCGCCACGGCCCACACGAUAUCCAUUUGGCUCGCUGUUGCCAUGGCAAUAUUUCGGCACAGUUACAUUCACUCGCCGGCACAAGGGACGAUAACGAGGAUAAGACGAUUAAUAAGAGCUAGAAUCGUAGUGGGUGUGGUCGUAUUGGCUUCGAUCUUGGUUAUGAUACCGAACUAUUUGAGUCACAAACUUAUUGAAUAUCAACGAGGUUCGGGCGAAGUGAUGUAUGUUUUCGAGAGAUCCAAUAUAGGUUCUGGAAACGAAGAACCUAUAAUUCUUGCGCAACUAUUGCUGUACAGUAUUUUAGCAAAACUAGUCCCUUGUCUCCUUAUAAUAAUCUUUGGGACACUGCUGCUUGUUACAUUGAAUACCUCUCGUAUUCAAAACACGGGUACCGCUGCAAAUGGGACCCCUUUACGCCCAUCUUCGAGAGGCCGCCAAAAAUCCAGAACAACGACCAUGCUACUGAUGGUGUUUGUGCUUUUUCUCAUAACCGAGUUGCCACAAGGAAUACUGAUCUUGGGCUGCAUCGUUAAGCAACACUUUUUUGAGAAAGUGUAUAUUCCGCUUGGGGACACGAUGGACAUUAUUGCUUUGGUAAACAGCGGUAUCAACUUCGUCCUGUACUGCUCUAUGAGUCAAGAAUUUAGAAAUACGUUUAUUAGUUUGUUUUGUAGGAUGAAAGGUGGCCCGAAUGGCAGAGGGUCAUAUGUCUCGUCGCAUGUACGGAAUGACCAAUUGCAAGUAACACUCACACAUGUUCCAACUCUUUUGGAUUAA